AUGUUCGACUUCUUACAGCUACCCACCGAGCUCCAAUGCUCCAUCAUCUCCUCUCUUGAUCCGAUCACCCUGAUCGCAGCCAGCCAAACCUGUCGCCGACUCCGGAAGCUCAUCGAUCCUCAAAGAGUCCAUUUUGUAGAGCGACUACUCGCCCUUGAGACUCUCGACAAGUACGGCGCCCCGGUCACAUCGUUCCGAGGGCAGGAACCGGAAGAGUGGUGGGAUUCCUCCUGGGCAUGCACCAGCUGCCUCUGCCUCCUGCCCACCAAAUUGUUCACCCCUCCAUACAUAUAUAACUACCAGUAUAACAAACCUCUCCGCAAAGACUUUGAUGCUUAUGGGAUGUUAACCUCGUGGAGUCCCACUGCCCCCACCUCAGGAACGAGGUUGGGAGAUGAUAAUAGCACUGACAACGACCCGAUCUGGGAGCGCUGCCCCCGUGCUGACAAACUCAUCAACAAAUCCCUUUGCAACUCUUGCUUCGCCGAGAAGAAUGGUCGGGAGGAGCUAGCCAAGGUCCUUUGCAGGCGGUACAAGUACUGCAUCGAGUUGCAGGAAGACUGUAUCUCCGGCCCCGUUGCGUUCGGGUGGGACUUUUUUUACCAGAGCUUGAAUGGAGCUGGCCUACCUAGGACAUACAUUCACGAAGCUCGGACGUUACUCUUGCAUACCGGCCUCCUGGGCAAGCAGGAUUGGCGUAAACUGACCGUCCGAAGCUAUGAGGAUGUUGUGGCGGUCAAGUCGUGCCUCGGAAAGCUAAGGGACAUCCUUGAUCUAGCGAAGACUGCCACCGGUCGCAAAAUCUCAAAAGUAGAACGAAAGUACGCGGACUUGGAAAAGGCGCUGAUUAAUGGUGAGCCGUAUUGGAGAUGGUUGAAGGCGUGUCAAGACGACGUCGAUGCGAAUCCGGAUCUCGUUGUUGAGUGGGCCUUGGAUCGAGACGGCGCGUCCAUUUCUUAG